AAAGGCAGUCCGGUAAAGAAAAUGGUUUUUGGUGGUUGAAGCUUCCAUAUGUUUUGAGAAUUCUUAUGCGGAGUAAUAUUGACGAAGAAGUAUCUGAGGGUUUCUUUAUUCUGAGAACGGAAUCUGCGGAUAAAAAUGAGACCGAGAAUUCAUACGUUGUUGCAUUUGAGGAUCAAAAUGAUGCCAGAAACUUCUGUUAUCUGCUGGAAUCGGUUUUUGAAGAUUUAGGUGGUUUUUGCACCGAUAUUGUUCCUGCAUCAACCAAGGAUCUUCUCAAAGAAGUGAGUUUGUCCGGGAAGAAAGUGAUCGUUGUGAAGAAGAGGCAGCUCACUUUGUAUGCCGGCCAACCAUUUGAAGACGUCGAAAGAGCAUUGCAUUCUUUGAUCCAAGAACAAUGAAUAUAGCAGCUGGAGAUUUUCACAGAAGAUCCAGGAAAUUGAGAGAAACAGAACAUUGGAAAAUAUCUUCCAGAGAUUUGAUGUCAUGACAGAACAUUGUUAUUAGGACAUGAAAAAAGGAACAAAACAACUGAUGUAUAGCUCUGUAUUCUUCAUCAAUGGAAACCGACGUUUGCUUUUGUUGCUU